AUGGCCUCCCCCUCCAUGACCUACGUCUUCUCUCAGGAACAACACGGCCACCUGAUACCCUACAUCGCCGCGCUCCACGCCUCGUGCAUCACGCUCGACCACAUGGUCGGCCCCUUCUUGCCACCGCUGACCAACGAGAAGCUGCUCCCCUGGUGGAAGGAGCGCAUCGCAGAGGCCGUCGGCGGCACCCGCGUCAUCGUCCUCCUGCUGCCCGAGGCGACGCUUGGCAAGAAGCCCCUCGGGACCGACCUGCGCGGCCUGGCCAUGCUCAAGCUGUCCGAGUCGGAGACGGGCUCGUUCCGCGGCCACAUCGACGCCGUCCUGGUCGACCGCAGGCAUCGGCGCCAGGGCGGCGCGAAGGCGCUAGUCGCCGCGCUGGAGUACGAGGCCGCGAAGAGGGGGCGGUCGUUGUUGCUUGUCGAUGCCGAGACGGACAGCGUGGCCGAGUUGGUGUUCAAGAAGCUGGGCUACAUCGAGAUUGGCAAGGUUCCGCACUUCAGCCGGGCGCUUUCCAACGGGAAGAAGGGAGAGACCUUCUUUUACAAAGAGUUUUUGCCUUCGUCGACAUAA